CAAAUUUUGCCCGUCGGCGUCACGAGCACAAGGCAGCUCACGAAUGCAUCUCGCGGCUGUCUUUACACGCCGCUAGCUAGCUGCGCAUAAAUUUGGCCGUCACGGGCAAAGGGCAGCCCCACCAAUGCAUGCGGGCGUUUGCAAGAUGCCUGCGACUACCGCAGCGGCUGGAUCAAUUCGCAAAGCGUGACGAGCAUCCGUAAGGGCAUAGGAGCUGCAUGAAGCUCCACCGCGCCGCCGCCGCGGCAGCAGCCACCUUCGCCCUCUUCACGGCGCUCCUCGAGCGAUCGAACCUCGCGCCCGAGCUGCCGGUGCACGAACCGCCACCACCAGCCACUCUAGAGCUCGCGAGAGCACUCGCGCCGUGCACGGAGCCGCAGCGCUGCGCGAGCGUCGAUCGAAGAUCUUUAAAACUUAAGAAAGCGCUACAACACAUACAAACCGCGGCAAAAAAGCUCCGCUGGCGCGACGCGCCACUACCCAGCGUACAGCCAACAUUCCUCAACACGACACGAGGAGCAGCACGCUGUUCUUCGCUAGAUGCGCCCUUCGAGACCCAGCUCGAAGAGGUCGUAAGGGAGAUUUUGCGACGCACUCACACCAACGAAGUUGUGUUCACAAUUGUCGACCAGGCCUAUGGGGAUUUGCUCGAGGCGAAUUUUGAGAUGGCUCGCAAAGCCGGUUUCUCUGAUGGACUCUUCUACGUGUCGCUAGAUAGACACACCGCAGAAGAUGCUUGUUCCCAAAAAAAGCGCGUCGCGUUCCUCGCGAAGCCUCGGACGGCGUCCACGAAGGACGUCGUAUACUUGGGAAAGUACUACGCCGCCAUGUUGUUAUGUAAAGCUCGAAUCCGCUUCUUCUUCUGGGAGAUGGACCUGUGGCUGCCGCCGCGACCGUCCGGACCGUCGGUGGUCGAUGUGUUCCGAGCCGCCGCAGCAACCGAUACGGCUGGUUUGAAUCCAGGAAGUGCGUGGGCGUUGCACGAGGACAAUCCCUACACGAUAAAUAUUGGUUUAUAUUAUAUCGCAUCUGAUACUGAUGGUAGAUCAUAUGAUCUCUUCGACACUCUGUUAGACUACCUGAGGAGGCACCCCCAUGCCUUCGACCAGGGCUUGGUGAACUGCGUCCUCAAGAAGGUCAUCAGCCAUCCGCGCAUCAACUACAUCAAAGACCGCGACAAUUGCAAAGUAGAUGGAUUUGACACGGACGAGCGGGGCCAUCUCGUCGACGGAGCUUUGCAGUCAUUAAUACUAAAGACGCGACCGGGCAAGAUGAUGGGCACGGGCAACUACAACUUCACGCUGGUCGACGGCGUCGUGGCCGCGUCCUACGCCUUGCCCUUUCUGUUCCGGGACACGCUGGCCGUGCACGUGCUGUCCUCGGUGCCUCUGUCGUCGUCCUUCGGCAAGAAGGUUGUGGCGAAGGAACUCAUGUUGUGGGAGGACGGCGACGACUACUUCCACGUGCGUAGGGGCAGGUUCCUCGCGCUCGACGGCGUCCUCGCUUCAUCGAGCGGCGCCGACGACUUUGUUUACCUUAAAAAUAGACUGACCGAGCUCUGCGCCCUGGCACGCCAAACGAACCGCAUUCUCAUAUUACCGGCGACGUGGCACCUGUCUCGGAGAUUACAAGCGUGGGAGCUCGUGGAACUGGCGUCCCUCGAACGGCUAGGUGUUGGGUGGAGGGAGGCGACGUACUUGGCGAACCCGCGCCUCAAAGUUGAUGAGGACGCGACGUUCGUAUCAUUAAAAUUGACUGAACAAGGUGCUUCAGUUGUUGAUGUGAACGGCGACGGCGCGCACUACGACGCGGCCUUUACUGGUGAAGAUACGCGGUCCGCGCAUCUGCGCUUCCUCGUCCACGUUUCUUUGCAUGAUAGACGUUGCAGGGACGCUGCCGUAUUAUUUGUGGAUGUCGAUCCACAAAGAGGCCUCGCCGUCGCGCCAGCGAGGACGCCCUUCGAGACGCGAGCUAUAACCGAUGGCAAGAGGGAGCCCUGGCUCGCUUCGGUAUACAACCAUCUGACCUUCUGCGACUACAAGCACCGCGAGAAAAGGAGGGUGGCUUUGGUAGGAGCGGCCUUCGAGUGCGGCGGCCAGAACGCCGGUGCUGACUCAGCGUCCGUUUCCGAACGUUUCCGAACUUCAAUAUCAUGAAGAUGGCGUCUUCACGAGACCGCGUCGCCGCGACGCCGUCGACGUGGUAGUUUCGCGACGGCGUCGUUCUCGCGCAGGGAAGCGGAAGCUGGCCGACGACAUGCGCAAGAAGAUGCUCCGGCGGGCCGGGAAGCUGCCCAAAGUCGUGGAAGCGGUGCGCGAGGGCCGCGGGUCGCUCAGCGUCGAAGGACGGCGGCGCGCGGCCGCACAAUUCGCAGAGUCGUUGAAGGACGACGUAUCAAACACAAAACCUCCACCAAUCAAGGAGGUAGCCUUCGGCCCCUACCCCGACGCCUUCGCCCAUGCCUUCGGCUUCUGGGAGCCGGGCCAUGUGAAGACUGCUAACAGCCCAGGAGGCUAGUAA